UGUGCUCGUUGCUACGUCGACAUCGCCGCCAUAUUGUUAUUUGCCGUAAACGGCCGACUUUGUCGUAAAGUGCAGCUAAGGUAUCUUUUCAGCGAAACAAACGGCAGCAUCAACUGGACGGAUUAACGUCAACGUUUCCAGGCAAUGGCGGCGUCUUCUUCGUCCUCCUCGGCCGGAGGCGUAAGUGGCAGCUCGGUGACCGGUUCGGGGUUCAGCGCCUCCGAACUCAUUCCUCCCAGGAAGGUCCUGUACACCUACCCUAAGGGAGCUGGUGAAAUGAUGGAAGAUGGCUCAGACAGGUUUCUGUGCGAGUCUGUAUUCAGCUACCAAGUGGCGUCUGCACUGAAGCAGGUCAAACACGAUCAACAAGUUUCUCGCAUGGAGAAACUGGCUAGCUUGGUGGAGGAGCUGGAAGCGGACGAGUGGCGGUACAAGCCCAUCGAGCAGCUCCUGGGAUUCACGCCGUCGUAAACAAAAGUAAACACUGAGAUGCCUUUUUAGGGGAGAAAACAAGGACUUCAUAUAAUAUUUAUCUAAUAAAAUGAGGUGGCAAAAGUA